AUCAUAGCUCAGAUUAUUCUCCUACCACCACCUUACCGUCAGCCCGGCCGUCGCCACACAACUCCUCACCAAUUUGCUCCCAGACAACUGUGGGCACCUCUCCCCCAUCGAGCCCUUCACGGAGUAGCUGCCGUCGCGUGUCUGCUGUCCACAGCUCCAUACAGCUCCCUCCCCCACACGGGCUCCACAAAGCUUCUUCUUUCGUGGACCUCCAUUCCCCAUCUCUGCCUUUGUGCUGCCCAGUCGGCGCCUUAGCAGCCGUCACACGCGUCGCUCGAACCUCGCGUUCGUCGAAUGAGAUCGUCACAGACAACACCAAUUGGUCGCGUCUCACCCCCAUCACCGCACCGCGCGCCCUCCUCGUAGCGCGCUGGACUCCCUCACCAUGGACGCCCCCGACCGCUUCCGCCAGUCUGGCCUCCCGCAGUACCAGAACCUUGGCCAGCAGGGCUACAACGCCGCGCAGCAGAACCUGCCCACGCUGCCUCCGCUGCACAGCGCUGCCUCGUAUCCCUCGUUGUACGGCGGCCACCACAGCAAUCCCCAGACGCCGCAGCCGCCGCACACGCCUGCAACGUCUGCGCCCAACGGCAGUAGUACAAUGCCCCCGCUGCAGCACCCGCCGCUGCGGCCCAUCCAGCCGUCACCGUCGUACAUGCCCAUGUCAUCGGCCUACUCGCAGGCGCCGCUGCUGCCCACUGCAGCUGCCCAGCACAACGCACACCAGCUGAGCGGCCAGGCGGGCGGCAUGGGAAUGAACCACCCCUCGCUCUACCCCCAUCCUCCGGUCCUUGCCAACCAGGAGCCCGAGCCCGUCCACGUCGUUGGUCAGCAAGGCCGACGCGGCGUUCUGCCCACCCACCCUGGUCGGCCAGCUCCUGCCGCUGGAAAGGCGCCGACUCAAGCAACGAAGAACGCCGAGGGCAAGUACGAGUGCCCUCACUGUAACAAGACGUAUUUGCACCUGAAGCAUCUGAAGCGCCACCUUCUGCGACACACCGGCGAGCGACCCUACCAAUGCCAUCUGUGUAAGGACACCUUUAGCCGAAGUGAUAUCCUGAAGCGCCACUUCCAGAAGUGCUCCAUCAGACGUGGCAAUCCUACCGGCGCCAACCACCUGCAGCACGCGCAGCAACACUUGCAGAAGAACCGUCCGCCGAAUGGCGCUGAGGCUACCUCAUACCUCAACCACAUCCAGGGCACCUCAAUGCCGUACUCUGAUGCUGGCUACGCCAUGGGUAUGCCGCAAAUGCCUGCCGUGGCUGCCAACGGCUACGGCGGCGACCUUCCCUCCAUUGCUGAUCAGCACUCCAUGUCCGCCAGAACGUCGCGCUCCAACAGCUUGAUCAACCGCCCUGGCAGCGGUGUCGAGGAGAACAGGAGGAGCAUGUCUGCGCUUGACACAUACGGACAGGCGCGGCUCAACUUCAAUGACUACCGUCCCAAUGCGAUGACAAACGCCGCGCACGACGCCAACUCGUUUGCGGCGCAACAGCAACAGCAACAGCAGCAACAGCAGCAACAGCAGCAACAGCAGCAACAGCAGCAACAGCAGCAAAAUGCUGCCGCCGCUGCGGACUCGGCCAACCACUUCAACAACUACAGUCACGCCGCUGUCAACAACGACAUGGCCCAGAACAACAUGCCCGUCAAGUCCGAGAGCGGCGACUCGGCCUCCUACGGCGUGACCUCCAUGCCCGCUGUCGACGGCAUGCCCAACGGUCAAGACAGCUCCAUGUGGCGGAACGGCGGCGCUUUCAACGGAGUCAACAGCGUCAACGGAGAAUCACACUUCGCGAAUGGAUCCAGUAUGAACAACACAGAUGAUACAACACCAAAAUAUGAUACCAUGUUCUCAGGCUUAUACUCGAAUCCCGGUUUCGUCGACUCCACCCCGUAUCUUGACAAUUGGCCACCUGCUUCCUCUGAUCCGCUCCAACAAAAGUCCGAGGCUCUUCUCAACUUCUGUUUCCCUAACGCGUCACUCCUGGCUCCCGGAUCUAAUGACGCUUACUCGUACGAGGCGCUCAAAAGCAUUCUUACCCCCGACAAUAUCAAUCACCUUCUCCGGGAAUACAAACACUUCCAUUGUCAUUGGCCCCUCAUUCACACUCCCAGUUUCGACCCAGUUGCAGCGUAUGAAGGUCUCGUUCUCACCAUGUGUUGCGUCGGUGCGGUCUACUCUGAUAGACUGACUCCAAAGUCGGUGCGCUGGCUGAUGGAGCUCGUUCGUGGUGCGGUGCUGCGUUCGAGUCAGAUUUACAAAAUGGAUCAAAACCAGAGUCAUCUCCUGGACCCUAACAGGCACUGUCCGACCGACAUAGAGGAGUUUGAAGCGCUCUGUCUGCUCAACAGCCUGUUCUUGUGGCAUGGAAGUCCACGACAACGGCAGCAAGGGCGUGAAGAGUUCUUCAUGUUUGCCAGCGUCACCCGUCGAGCAGGGUUUCUGCAGCCUCUCCCUCGCAGUAAUCCUGGAUUCAGCUCUCUGCACGAACCUGGGCCUAUCAACGGCGACGAAGUUGCCUCUUGGAACUGGAAUACGUGGGUCGAGAGCGAGAAGCGGGUCAGAGCGAUGGCGUACAUCUUCCUUCUUGAUUCAGCCAGUACAAUCUUCUUCAACUCGCAGCCACAGUUCGAUGUUCACGAGAUCAAGGUCUCGCUACCGGCAGAUGAUGCAGCUUGGGAAGCGAAGAGCGAAGAGGACUGCGCAAGUGCACUAGGCUUGCGAGGCGAGGCUGCACAAGUUGCGAAUGUCUCUGGAAGUAGACGCGCAAAGCAACUAGGCGUGUCAGAGGCUCUGCAGGCACUUUACAGAGGCACGCAUGGCCAACUGCCCGAACGCAGCACCAAUGCAUUCGGCAAGUUUCUCCUUAUCCAUGCGAUCCACGUUCAAAUCUUCAAUAUUCAACGCCAACUCCUCAGACGGGUGUCCACAAGCGGUAUCGGCACUCCUGAUACGCCUGCUACCCCACCCAACGGUGUCAGCGAACAGGUUCAGCAACUGCUACGAUCAACCGUUCAAGCUCUCGAGCUGUGGAAGACAUGCUGGGACAUUGAUCUGGUAUUACAGUAUCCGCCGACGCAGCCUCGACUGGGCUUCUGCAGAGAUGGUGUGCACUACUAUUUCCUGGCUCGUCUGUUCCUCAGGAGCUCACGGAGAGAGGAAUGGGCAGCACCCGCAGACUUUCGUUGCAGACACGUGUUCAACCUUCUCAAGCAGAUCAGGACACACGUCGCGAACGACUCUACCCAGAAAGGCAUCGACUUCGGCUCAGUCACUACGGUCAUGGAGGACUACGGCAUCAACGACCUUACUCUCAACAUGAAGCAUCUCUUCACACCCAUACAGACGUCUCGCUCGAUGCAGAGCUCGCCUCAACAACAGGCGCAAUAAUCUUGCAGGUGCCUUUGCCUUGAACAGAGUUUUGUCAAGGAACCGAGGAUCACAAAACCCUAUCUUUCAGCCUUUGAAUAUGGAUUCAAUGGUGUAUCAUCAUACAGUUCUACAGUACCAGCAUCAGCGAUUUUUUUUUCCAAGCAGCGCGCAGGCGAGCGCAUGUUUGAGCAUGACAAAACGGAGUUUCAGGAGUCGUGAGAUUUUGGAAGAAAGCCGGCGAUGACUCGCUUGUGUCAGAAAAAGCAUUAGAAAUCACCUCACGGCAUAAGCAUUUACGGGGCGCAAGCACUAUCUGGCUUCGGAGACUUAUUGGGCAAUAGUA